GGUAAGUAACUGAAAAUAAGCAGCAGAAAUGGCAGAGAAAAUGGAGAGCUCUGAUCAUGAUACAGGGACAGGAGGAGGAGGAGGAGAGAGUAAAUCUGUUGCUUCUCAGGUUCCAUUUCAAGAUUUCUGUGGACUGUUAGAGAGGAUCCAGUCGUUAAGUGGAACUGAGCGAAAGAAGACCAGUCUGGACCGGUUCAUUAAACAAUGGAGGGACACACACAACAAGCUCCACCUACCUGGUACCAUCCAUUCCGAUAGUUUCUAUCCAGCCAUGCGUCUGUUACUACCAUAUUUGGACAGACAGAGACCCGCCUACGGACUGAAGGAGGUAUCACUAGCUAAGCAGUACAUAGACAUAUUGAAGAUAGCUAAAGACAGCCCUGAUGCUAAGAAACUGUUAAACUAUAGAACACCUCAUGCUGCUAAACACGAUGCAACUGAUUUUGCUGGAGUAGCUUACUUUGUCCUAAGGAACCGUUGCCCUGAGAAGGGAAGUCUAUCAAUGGAACAGGUUAAUCAAUGCUUGGAUGAGCUGGCCCUAUCUAAUGUCACUAAGGACAGAGGAGGAGUGAAGAAAUCUCUUCAACAUUUAUUAAGAAACACCUCAGCACAGGAGCAGAAGUGGCUCAUAAGAAUAAUAAUGAAGGAGCUAAAGAUAGGACUGAGUGAGAACUCAAUCCUUACAGUGUUUCAUCCUGACGGACAGGACCUGUUCAGUGUCACUAGCAACCUCGAGAAGGUAUGUGUUGAUCUACACUCUCCUACUGUUAGAUUGAAUGAGGCAGCCAUUAGCUACUUCACUCCAUUCAGACCAAUGCUUGGACAGAGAGCCACCAUAGACCAGGUCGUUAAGCUAAUGGAUCACCAGCCUUUCUUUAUUGAGAAUAAGUUUGAUGGUGAGAGGAUUCAGUUACACAAGCAACACGGACAGUAUCGGUAUUACUCCAGGAGUUCUCGUGAGUACACCUCCACCUUUGGUGGGACGGAAAGAGAAGGAUCCUUCACUCCUAACAUACACAAGGCUUUUAACAGCAAGGUUCACUCCUGUAUACUGGAUGGAGAGAUGGUUGGGUGGGACAAGGAGACUGAGUCUUACCUUCCAAAAGGAGAGAAUGUUGAUGUAAAGACACUAGCCCCUGUUAGUGAAGGAGGAGGAGGAGGAGAGAAUGGUGUGCAGCCGUGUUUUGUUGUGUUCGAUGCAUUAAUGAUCAAUGAGACUAACCUUGCUAACUGCCCACUGAGGGAAAGAGUAGAGCAUCUUAACAAGGUAUUUGAAGUGGUUCCUGGUUGCUUACAUAAAGCAGAAAGAAUUGAAAGAUCAACAAAGGAGGAUGUGAUCCUGUCACUGAAUGAAGCCAUUGACAGAAGAGAGGAAGGACUAGUCAUUAAACAACCUUCUUCAUUGUACAAACCAGACAAAAGAAAAGGUAGUGGUUGGUUGAAGAUCAAACCUGAUUAUGUUGAUUCACUCAGUGAUGAUCUUGAUCUACUGAUCAUCGGAGGAUAUUUUGGGGUUGGACGUAGGGCCGGAAUGAUAUCCCAUUUCAUGUGUGGAGUAGCUGUACCUCCUGCCAUCAAGGGAGACAAACCAACAGUGUUUCAUUCAUUUUGUAAAGUUGGCUCUGGCUACACUAUGAAUGAGUUGAGAGAGCUGGGUCACAAGUUGAAGCCACACUGGAGGAAGUUUGAUACCAAGAGACCACCGGAAUCAGUUAUACUAGCACCUGGUUUUAAAGAGAAACCUGAUCUUUGGAUUGAACCAAAGGAUGCUAAGAUUGUUCAAAUCAGAGCAGCUGAGAUCAUUGUAUCUGACAAGUACAGGACAGGUUGUACCUUAAGGUUUCCAAGGUUAGAGAGAGUGAGAGAGGAUAAAGAAUGGUUUGAUUGUAUGUCACUAGAUGAACUGGAGGACCUUAAAAGAGUAGCCUCAGGUCAUUUAGCUCAUCGUCAUUAUGAGGAGGGGGAGGGGGAGGAACUCACCACGUCCAAAAAGAGAAGGAGAGUGACUAGGAUAGAUAGACCAGCUGGUGUUGCCUCACAGUUCAGACAUACUGAUGUAUCCAGUGUGGAGGAGGUAUCUUCAAUGUUUGCUGGUAAGCAGUUCUGUGUUAUUAAUGGAACUCCGUCUUUCAGUAAACAAUAUAUUGAGACUAAGAUUGCUGAGCACGGAGGUACUUUUGUACAGAAUCCAACUACAGAUACUUAUUGUGUGCUGGUUCAUAAACUGGUCGUUAAGGCUAAUAAUAUUAUCAGUAAAGGUAUUUAUAAUGUGGUCAUGAUCCAAUGGCUCCUGGACUGUCUGGAGACCGGGAGGUGUCUGCCAUUGAAGCCCUCACUGAUGUAUAGCACAUCCUCUGAGACUGCUAGCAAGUUCUCUGAAAUAUAUGAUAAGUAUGGUGAUAGUUAUAUUCAUGAUACUAGCGAGACAACUUUGAGGGAAAUAUUCGAUAAAAUGAAAGACAAAAGGAGUUGUUCUGCUGAUGAAAUUGCUAAAAUGGAGUUUGAGUAUUUUCCAAAUGAAUCAGCCAAAGGACUCUUCAGACAUUUUAAGUUCUAUUUUGAUAAAUAUGAAGUCAUUAAUGAUCCUUCAACAGUAAUAAUAAACUCAUCAUUGUCACUGCCAGAAUUAGAUGCAAGACUGUGUGGUGGUACAGUAACUGAUGACUUCAAUGAAUCAGUGACUCACGUCGUGUUUGAUAAAAGUGACCUGCAGAGACUGUCCAGUUUAAGGUUGAAGCAGAAGUCACAUGCAAAGAAAAGUCACUUUAUAACCAGUGACUGGAUCAGUGCCUGUAUUGAACACAAGUAUUGUAAGAAUGAAAGACUAUUUGAACCAAUAGUUACAACAAAAGAUUGAUUAUUAAUUAUUAUUUUUAAGUACAUUAUUUUAAAAGUGUAUUUCCGUGUUGAUCCCUCC